AUGGCUAUAAAGAAGGCGGCAUCAAGCAGGCGGUUCGAAAACCUGCGCGGCGUCAUCACGUACUGGCAGCAAGAACACGAAGACUUGUGCUCGGCGUCCACAGCGUACAUCGACGGCCUCCAGGAGGAGAUCCGCCUCUUCGUCGUUUCGCGUCACCUCAUGCUGACUGAAGCAGGCGGGCGCAUGAACCAGCAGCGCCUAC